GGCGGCCUCUCUCGGGGUGGGCGAUGGGGGAAGCGUCCGUUCCGCUGCGGGGCUGUCCCGGUGGAGCGGCGCUCCUGAGCCCCGAGAGGCGCAGCCCAGAGCAGCGGCCCUGUAUACCGCCCAUCCCUACCCGUCCCUUCCCAUGCCAUGCCGUGCCAUGCAAUCCCAUCACGGCCCAUUGCCGUGUCGUGCUGUGUUCCGUCCCGUCCCAUCCCGUCCCGACCCAUUCCCGUGUCGUGCUGUGUUCCGUCCCGUCCCAUCCCGUCCCGGCCCAUUCCCGUGUCGUGCUGUGUUCCGUCCCGUCCCAUCCCGUCCCGGCCCAUUCCCGUGUCCAUCGCCGCCGCCGCCGCCGCCGCCGCCGGUGUUCAAAGCGCAAUUUGUCUGGGCCGGACCAAUCGCGCGCUGCCGCUGCGGCGCAGCCAAUGGCAGCCGCGGCCGCCGAGGCCUGACCAAUAGGCGCGCCGCCCGCAGCCGCCCGGCCAAUGGGCGCGCGUUAUUCUAAUAUCCCCGUCUUUAUCAGAAGUGUUGGCGCUGCCCCGGCCCAAGUUGAGGGUCCGGGGCCGGAGGCGCCGCGGGGUCACCGGGCGCUUCCCGGGCUGCCCGCGGCCCGGCCCCGCCGGCAUCCCGCUGCCAGUCCGGCAUCCCGCUGCCAGUCCGGCAUCUCGCUGCCAGCCAGGCUCCCACGGGCACUCUGGGGCUCUGUAGCCCCCAGGCCGGCGGUAAUGGGCCAGCCAUCGCACCUCCGGGAUUCUGGGCUCUGAGGGCCGCCUCGGUGCUAGAGCCAUGGAUGCCAACCUGCCAGGCACCUUUCUGCUCAACGGCCCCUCGCUGGGCCCCUUCCCCGAGGCCAAGGCACCGGUUUGCCAGUAUUCAGUGCAGAGCUCCUUCUACAAGCUGGGACCCGCCGGACUGGGUGCCCAGCUGGCUGCUGGCACCCCGCACGGCAUCUCCGACAUCCUUGGCCGGCCCGCGGCGACCCCGAACAGCGGUCUCCUCCCUGGCUACCCGCACGCGGGCGGAUUUAACGGACUGAGCUCCCCGGGCGUCUAUUACGGGCCCCAGGUGGGCGCCCUCCCCAAGGCUGGGGGCGAGUACCCGCCGCGGGGCCGGAGCUGCUGGGCGGAGGCGGCCCCGGAGUGGCGGGGCGGCCGGCAGUGCGGCGGCCCCCCUGCUCACUUGGCUGACAGCAUGCACAAGAAGAAGCACACACGCCCAACCUUCACAGGACACCAGAUCUUUGCUCUGGAGAAGACGUUUGAACAGACCAAGUACCUGGCAGGUCCGGAAAGGGCACGGCUGGCCUAUUCUCUUGGCAUGACUGAGUCCCAGGUGAAGGUCUGGUUCCAGAACCGACGGACCAAAUGGAGGAAGAAGAGUGCCCUGGAGCCCUCCUCAUCCUCGCAGCGGGCGGGGGGCUCUGGCGGAGAGCGGGCGGCCUCUGAGACCGAGGACGACGAGUACAACAAGCCCCUGGACCCAGACUCAGAUGACGAGAAGAUCCGGCUGCUGCUGAGGAAGCACCGUGCAGCCUUCUCCAUGCUGGGCUUGGGCACGCACAGCGGCUGAGCCCCAGCACGGCCGGCCCCUCUGUGCCGGGGGCGACUCCCCUCCCCAGCAGGUGCCCAGCUGUUGGGGUGGGGGGCUGACAGCUGGAUGGGAGCAUGGCUCACAGCGCUGGGAGCAGCACACGGGGUAGUGUCAGGUGCAGCCGUGUUAUGGGCAUUGAUGAAAUAAAGGUCCCAGUCAAGUCCCA